CUCGUAAAACACCGGCACAAAUGGAGGAUAAAAAUACAUAAUUUUAAAAUAACUAUGAGGAAAUUUCCCACAAAAGUUUUAAUUUUUACUAAAAUUAUACAUAUUGAUAAGGAUCUUAUCUAUACAAUAUAUAAGCAAAUUUUGUCUGAAUAUGUUUCUGAGUACGAUUCCAUUAGCAGUGGCAGUUUCUAGAGGAAUUAAAGUCGUUAAAAUUCGUCUCAAAUUUUUAUGUGUUCCAAACCUAAGAAAUUCCAAGUAAAUUUACUAACUAACAAGGGAGGUCUCCGAGCGUAUGCUCUCCGAUUUUUGGCAAACUAGUGCCAAUCGAUCAUAAAUUUUAUUAAUAAGGAAUUCGCAAGCGAUACUAUCUGUUAAUUCACAGAUUUUGCGAAAAUAUUUGCAUUCGAAGAGAAGAAACAACACCCUAAAGUUGGCAAAUAUUACGAUUUUAAAAUUCACUGCACGUUUUCUCCUCUUUGGAUGCAAAUAUCCCUGCCGAAAGUGCCGAUUGGGAGAUCGUGUCUUUUGCAAACUUCAUAUUAAUCAAAUUUGUCAUCGAUUGACACUAAUUUGCUCAAAAUCUGAGAGCAUACGCUGAGAUACCUCCCUUGUAAGUUAGUCAGUCUACCAAUAAAUACGCGACAUAUUCAUACCCCAGUCUUGAUUUAUGUCCCAUGUCACUACGAUACUUACCAAACAAUUAAACCGUUCAGUAAUUAAGUUGAUCAUAUUAUUUAUAUCGAAGCAGUUUGAUUUAUUAUUGUCGUCGCACACACAAUGCCUCGGCAAAAAGGAUGUGCAGAGUUAUGUGUAGGUAUGUCUCAAUGAAAUUAAAAGCACAGCAAACAUUUUAUUGCUAAUAAUACGUCGCAGUAGGUAUUUAGAGAGUGCAUGUAUGUUAUUUGACAAAUAACUUAACAUUGAUUUUGACAUUCUCGUCUUAUAAUAAGUCGUCUCUGGAAUUUAAUAACAAUAAUUCAUUGUGUAAGGCUGCAUAUUCGUGCUCCUGUUUAGUCUCAACUCUUUGUUAUUCAAUUUCUGCAAAAUAUUGGCAUUGUCAAUCAAGCAACACUGAUUUUCAUGUUGUUCUCUGCUUGACAAUGAAUUUUUGCAAGGAAUUUUCAUGUUAAAAUACCAGCCCACUUAAACUUGUGCAAAAAGGGUCAAUCUCCCGAUACGAGGUUUUGCCAUUUGCCAAUAAUUGUGCUCGUGUUUAGCAAGGCUAUCGAGUUAUUGACACCAAAGUCAAGUCGAAAAGUAGAUAUUUUCUCCGACGCCAAUUUAAAGUUUCAUCACAGAUACUGCACUCGUGCAAAAAGCGCUUUAUUCGAUGACUCAAAGGAAUUGAUUAGUUUUCUCUUACGAAAUACUUCCAUUGAAGUUCUUUUGAAAUUUUAUCAGCACUGCAUGCACUGCAUUUCUCAAAGCAAAGUGAAAAUUCGAAAAGUGAAGUGACAGCAGGUUUUAAAUACGUGUAUUCAAUUCAGAGGCAAAUGUUUUGGAUUUCAAUUUUAACGAGUAUGAAAAACUAGUCGUAUUUCUAUCAGUAUUAUUAGUUAACACUAUUUUACAUCGGUACGGGACACCUUUGUAUCAAUCGAUAUAUGCAGUAACUGCUUAGUUCAUUGUGUUUUUCAUCAAAAUAAUUUUUGUCGUCGCGUGGCGCAACUGUAAAUAAAAAAGGUAACAAGUGGCGUGAAGAAAGGAAUGAUGAGACUUCAUACUUAAAAGGAUUACUUAAUUUCACUUCCAACGAACUAAAAAGUCAAGUGACAAAAAAUACAAGUUUGUCACCGUUCGAUUGCACAAUGUGAUUUGUUGAGAGAAAAACAUCUAAAAAAAGCGAAGCUCAAAGUGAAACUCAAACUAGCAACCUCCUCCGCAGUGAAAGUUGAUGAAGCCUUUUUUUACACUGUCGAGCGACGACAAGCCCAUCAUCAUCAUCAUUCGGGUCUAGUCAUCUUGCAAAUUUAAGCCCAAAAGGAAAACAACGAAGCACAUGGAGUGGGAGGAAUCCGCGCAUCGAAACAUCUCACAAACCCAUCAUCGUGUAAAAUUGUUUUGUAUUCUGAAAAAAGACAGUCGUACCACGACCACCUUAUUUCUUGAACCAAUAUUUCCAUAACUUUGAGUUAUGCAGUACAUAUGGACGAUUUGGCAAAUCUGAUUUGACACAUUUGGGUUUCUCUCCAAGGGAAUGCAUCCCAGCCGUACAGAUUCCGAACAGUAUUGACUCAACCCAUCAUCAUCAUCAUCACCAUCACCAUCCGUCGCGGUGACGAGGAGACUUUACAUCUUGUGGAGUUUACAAGGCUUUCAACACCUUGAGAGGUUGAAGGAAAGAAAGUCAGUCAGUCAGUCAGUCUCACUCAACAUGGCAGCGUACAUAGGACCACAACAACCCCAUCAGCACUCUGCUUCGUCUCACCAUCGCCCCACAGAAGCACUUUCUUCAUCACCACUUCACCAAUUCCAUCCAGAAUUGCACCAAAAAUUUCAUCAUCAACACGACCAAACCAUGGCCGCACCACAUUUAAGACAUGGUCAUCACCUUCACCACCCAAAUAGCUCUGGGCCAGGAAACUUUACAUUUCUCCAACAUUCUCUGAUGGAAGCACUAGGGUCCAACAAUUCUCAUAAUCCUCCUCCUUCUGCUGCUGAGCAGUAUUUCUCCUCCACAAGCAACUCGACCACCUCCAAUUUCACUUUCCCCUUCCCAUUCAGAAACAAUGGGAAUUUCUCCUCGUCCACUGCGGCUGCAACGUUCAUGACCAAGGCUGGAGAUGGGUUGAAAUCUCAGUCGUCGGAUCUGGUCAAACUGAUGUUGAAGCCAUCAGACCCACCUUUCCCAUUAAAUAUGUCAAUAUCAGACAUAGAGGAAGACUUUUCAAGUUACGACAACUCGACUACUUUUUUACUGACAAACACCACUUCAAUUAUUGGCAAUGCCACUGGGACUACUGGGACGAGUGGACCACCAUCAUUUAUUGCGUCGCUAUACGCGAUUAUCGUCCCAGUUAUGAUUUUCUUUUGUGUUCUUACAUGUAUUGUGAAUCUGGUCAUUGUCAUCUCAGCCAGGUGGUGUCGUAAACCGAUGUCACCCACGUUAUAUUACUCAAUAUCACUUGCGUUAGCGGAUGCAUAUUCAUCCUUUAUCCUUGGGGUGGGUCUUACAAUCAAUUCUCUGCUGCCAACCGUUUACAAAAUUAAACUUACGGAAUGUCUCUCUCUAACUGUUGAAGCGUUCAGGUCGGGUGGAGUGUUGGUAACUGUUUGUCACCUGCUUGCGCUUGGUGUCAACCACUGGAUUGGAAUUGCUCGUCCGCUCCACUAUGCGUCAACGAUGACAAGGAGGACAGCUUGGAUCGUUAUAAUUCUUUCAUGGAGUUGUCCAAUUCUCAUGCUCCUAGUUUAUUACUCUAGCAUUUCUAACCAAGGUUAUCUUAGCCCAGAUUGCAGUAAUAAUCAUUUCAUGAAGAGAUGGACGUACCGAGUUUUUUAUGCGUCUUGCUUCUUUGCCCCCUUGUUCUUGCUAUCUCUGAUUUACAUUCACAUUUUUCUCAUCGUCCGAAGUCAUCAAACUAAUCGACUGAGAUAUCAAGUAAAAAAGAAAAGCAGUCAAGCGCUUCGAAAAAAUGUCAAAGCUGCCCUGACCACCGUUCUUAUUUUGGGAACGUACAUAGUCGGCUGGAUGCCUGCCACACUUUACAACAUUAUUGCAUGUGAAGAUUGCAUCAUUUCGUUGAGCGAUGUCCCCCCAAAAUAUCGCUACGCUAUUGGUAUCACGGUCAACGUUCUCGUCAUUCUGAAAACUUUUGUGGAUCCCAUAAUUUACGCAGCUAGAAUGUCCGACAUUCAGCUCAGCCUGAGAAAGAUGAAGUACGACUUUCUCCAGCUGUUUUGCAAGGCGUGUGUCCAUUCGAUACCACCUCCGGAGAAUGAUCGAGGGUACUUUGCUUCAACAACAAGAACUUUCUCAAAAUUCAACAGAUCUCUGUACGACACCAAGUCUAUCAGAAUGUCGAGCUUUGGUUCCAGCUCGAGUUCUCGUAGAACUGCAGCGUCAGCAGCAGCAGCUAACCUGAUUAAUAACUCCCCAGGAUCUCAAAGUAAUCAUAAUCACGGUGACAGUACGAGCAGUGGAGGGUUUGGUAAUUCGUUCAACUACAAGAACCAUAAUGGAAAUAAUUCGUCGCCAAAACCCAACCAGCUUCUUUCGUCUCAUCCAACAACAAAGUCUCAACUUUUGCACACUAAAAGUGCAUUCGAAAUGACUGAAAUGCGAUAAGAAAUUUUGUUUUAAAAAAAUUGGGUAUUUUUUGAUGUAAGAAAUAUUCGUAUUUUACCGAAUUCCAUUAUAUAUAUGUAAUCAGAGAGAAGUAUAUAUAUAUAUAUGUCAUUAUGACGAAAAUAUUUAGCAGAGUAAGUAAAUAACUUUGUACCUUCUUCCUACACACACUACAUGCAUACAUACAAACAAACAAACAAAUUUUAAAUUUUGGGAUCCUGUAGAGUUUUUGUUUUACAAAAGCAGGACCAAUUCUCUAUUCAAUCAAACGGAAGAUGUAAACCGACCAGCAGCAGACCAUAUAAAAAUAUAUACCUAAAUACCUAUCCAACAGUACAGAGUUAAUAAUAUGUAACCACAAUAUUUAGCAUGUCAUCAUAAUAUUUACGUACAUGAUGUCUUUAUCUAGUAUGCUAGUUCAUUAGUUAUAUGUGCACUCUAUAAAAUAUAAUAUAUGAAGAUUUCAAAAAUAAUAAAAAUUUUGUUGAUAAGAAGAGAA